GCUCUAUAAAACAUCCAGAGGGCAGAGAGAGAGAGAGACUUGGAGAAUCUGUGAUGUCCUGCAGGUCGACAGCCACAAUGAGCCUCAUCAAAUCCAAAGGUGCCCUGGGAAUCAGAGGCCGCGUCCUGCUCUCUGUUUUCAUGGGCCUGUUGGUUUGCGGCGCCGUCUCUCAGGCCGCAGACGCUCCAGAGGAGGAGCUGGCCGAGCUGAAGCAGAGAUUCGACUCUCUGAAGAAUCGCUACAAACUCCUGUGUGAAAAGUAUUCCAACCUGGCGACCAACUGCUCAGCACCAGGUAGUGUGCUCUUCUCUUCCAGGCUCCAGCAGAUGGUGAUAGUUAGUUGUACGUGUUCGGAUCAGUGCUUCCAAAUCAGCACUGACAGGCAGGACUGGUUAACCAGUAAAAGUAUUUGUGAAUUAAAUGGCACACAUCUUGCCAUUUUGACCACAAUGAAACAGCACGAUGGUGUGGAUAUAGAAAGCAGACGGAUCGAAGGGUUUUACACACACUACUGGAUUGGACUGACUGACGCAGAUAAAGAGGGAGAAUGGAAAUGGUUCGACAACUCAAGACUUAAUAACCCAUUUUGGGACAACUUGAAACCAGAGCCAGACAACCACCUGUCCGGUGGGCCAGAGGGCGAGGACUGUGCCGUGGUGAACAGCCGCUCUCAGAAAUGGUACGAUGUUCCCUGCUCCUUCAAGUAUCCUCGGAUCUGUCAGAUGGCGGCCAAACCCCUCCACUGACACCAACCUCCACCCCCACCUCCAAACCACUGCAGGGCCACUCACGGAAAAAGCUGAUUUACUCAGGACCCUGUUUUAGUUUAAGAAAUA